AUGGUAUCGAACACAACAAGUAACAAUAAUGAGAAGAUAUGCCACUUUUCAAAAGGCUUAAUAUUAGAAAAUGGGAUAUAUUUAAUAAAUGUUAAAGAUAAAGAAAAAUUAAAUGAAUAUAAAUGGUGGAAGGGAUUAAUAAAACCAAAGGAUGCAUUCAAUCCGAAGAAAACAAAAGGAUUUCUAGUUUUAAAAUUAUUUUUAUAUGGUUACUUAAAUAGAAUAAGUACUUAUCGAUCUAAUAAAGAUAACGAUUUAAUGUAUCCAUAUUUAAAAAUUUUAUUAAAUAAUGUCGAAAUAUAUAGAACAAGAGUAUUAGAUAGUAACCUACACAUAUGGGAGGAAAAAAUAGAAAUAGAAAUUCAUUAUAUUAAGAGUAAAAUUGAAAUACAGUUAUUUGACAUGGAUGAAACAGAAGGAAUAGUUGAAGAUGAGUAUAUCGGGAGUGCAUUCAUUGACAUUAUUUAUCUAGAAAUGUUUAAGAAAUAUGAUAUUAUUCUUAAAUAUGUGAACAGAGUAGCUAUACUAAUGGAUACAUACCACUACAAAGGAAAGUCAGGAGAUGAUGAGUCCGCUGCUGAUAACGCAACUAGUUCCUUUAGCAGUAGUAGUAGUGGUAGUGGAAUCUGCAAUAAUAAUAAGAAGAAUGAGGGAAAAGGAGGAAAAAUGAACUCUGCUAAAGAAGAAAGUAACAAUAGGUCAUGUAACAAAAGGGCCGCAUGCCCAUCUAAUCCUAAUUUAUAUAAUUACACAAAUGAUUAUAACGUUCGUAUUUUUGUAAAACUAUCGAAUAAGCAAAAUUAUAAUAAUUUUAUUUUACAGUUAAAUACAAUAUCGUCAUUAAACUAUACUUGCAUUCAUAAAAAGAAUCCAAUAUUAGAUAAAGAUUUAAAUGUAUAUCAGUUAUAUGAAGAAUUAAAAAAAAUAAAAGGAAAUAUUGAUACCAUUUGGUUACCCUUCUUUUCAAUUAUUUAUAAUUUCGCAUCGUGGAAAACACCACUAUAUUCCUUAUUUUUUGUUGUCUUUUUCUUUUUCUCCUUUUUUUUUCCAAAAUUUUUUCUCUCUUUUUUUUUAGUUGUCUUAAGUUUAAUAUUUUUUAUCUUAGUGUCUAUUAUUCGUGAAAGUGAUAAACUAAAAAGAGCUAAUCAGCUCAAUACAAUUGUACAACCUAGUACGAAAAAAAAAAAAAAAAAAAAUAAUAACUCUUCUUUUAUUUAUUGGAUGAAGGCAAAAAAAUAUGGUGGCUAUCAAAAUAGUAAAGAAGACGAACACGUAAAUGAAAAGACUAUAAAAGAAAUGGAUGAUAUGCUACAACACAGUGAUAGUAGUAGUAGCACAAGCAGUAAUCUUUCCAUAGAUGAUGUAAAUUCUGAUCAGACGGAUGGUAGCUUGGACAGUGGGAGUUACACACAGUCAAGUGGUACGAACGUUGAUGAUGUGCAGGAUGACGAUUAUGAUCAGGUUGAUGAAGAUGAUGAAAGUGGUAAUAAAGAUGGUAGUGAAAGUGGUAAUGAAGAUGGUAGUGAGAGUGGUAAUGAAGAUGGCAGUAAAAGUGGUAAUGAAGAUGGUCAUAAUGAUGGAAAUAACGAUGGAAAUAACGAUGGAAAUAACGAUAAUAUUAUUGAUAAAAGUGGACGGGGCGCAAUACGUGGAGAGCUGCCUAACCGACGUAGAAAUAGAAACAAAAAGUUGGACACAAAUAGUACCAUUAUACGGGAAAAGAAGAAAAAAGGAAAAACAAAGGGGAAAAAAAAAAAUGGAAUUGAUUCUGGAGAAGGAAAUUCAUCCUGUGUGAACAGUAGCAGUGAUACUUGUUGUACAAAUGAGAAUAAAACAAAUAAGAAUAAUACAAACAGUUGCUUUAAUAACAUUAAUAAUACUAGUCGACAAUAUAAUACUAGCAAAAUUAAUAGCAAUUGUUACAACAACAAGGAUUCAGAGAAUAACUUAAGCAUUAUUAAGGCCUUUUUAACAAAUGUAAUUGACGAUGAUAUUCUCAAUAAUAUAAAAUAUUUUCAUUAUAUUGUAUAUUGCUUUACAAAAUGGUCUCAAAUUUUUUUUUAUCUUUUAAGGAAAUUCGGUUAUUUUCUAGUUAUUAUUACCUUAAUCUUUUGUUGUCUUAAUAUAUACUUUUACCCAUUAGUUGCCAGAUUAUUACGCUUUUUAAUUUUCUGUAUAGGUUUUAUUUUAUUAACGUACAACUUUAAACCAACUAAUAUUUUGUACAGGUUUUUUUUAUGUAUUCAGGAAUACUAUAUUUUAGAAAUGAAACGAAGAAAUGUGGACAUUUUUACCAAUUCGUAG